GUUGUUGAGAUGCGUCAGUUAAGUUAGGUUGGAUUAGGUUAUGUUAUACUUAAUGCUUUGAUCGUAUGGUGUAAAAUAAAUGAACAAGUGAAUAAAGUAAUAAAUAAGCAGAAAAAUGUCAGAUUAGCGACGUGAGACGCUAAAUGUGUGGAGCGUACGUUACUUGUCUUAGUUAUUGUAUAUAGAUCUUUUUUGCUUGCACGUUGCUCUAACAAUAAGCAAGUAAACGCUCGUUGUUAAAACUACAUAGUUACACGAAGUGCUUGGAAUGGAUUAUGCAACGAUUGUCGAUCAAGCUGUCAAGGAAUUCUACUCAGUGGGCAGCAAUGAGGCACAUUCGUGGCUCUUACAGGCACAAGCCUCCCCCGAAGCCUGGAAAUUUGUAUGGGAACUUUUAGAUCCUUCCAAGUCAGGAGAAGUCCAGUUUUUUGCAGCAACAACUAUACAUACAAAGAUAAUCAAGCAGUGGGAUGAAGUACCUGAACAUGAUUAUCCAAUGUUAAGAGAUUACUUGGUCAAGAGUCUGAAACAACCCAAUACUCCUGAAUUUGUUCUUUUAAAACUUUGUCAAGCGUUUGCUGCGUUUAUAGCCAAUAGUUACAAUGUAGAAAAGAUAGAGGAAGAUACAAGUAUAGUUGAUGACCUGUUUAAUGCUUUAACUCCGACAAAUUCUCAAUCCAUGUUAGAAUUAAUACUACGAGUACUUUCAUUACUUCCUGGCGAGUGCGAUAGGAGACGACAAACACGUGGCAAUUCACAAGUUUUAGUCAGUGGUUGGCACAAAACUUUGUGUUGCUUGCAACUGAUCUUCUCUUCAUAUGAUACACUUACAUGUACACCGACGUUUAUGAUCCUGGGUUUAGAAUGUACUUUAGCUUGGUUUAAGACUGACAAACUACCAUUGGAAGCUAUUGGUCAAAUCUAUUCUGAUCUACUAGUUAUGGCAUCCCACUACGCACCUAAUAAGUCGUCUAAUUUAUCAUAUACUGACUCUGAACAUGAUCGCGGUUGGGAUAUAGUACAAGAGUGUUUGAUUAUAAUAGUGACACACUGCGACCUGAAGAAAUGGCCUCAGACCCUUUGGGAGUGGGCUAGAACUUUGACAAUAACGGCUAAAGAACAUAAUACUAAAUACUUCUGCGAAGUGCUAACUGCUAUUGGGGAAACUCAUAGUCGCGAGUUUCUGAUUGCUCUAGCUGGCGGUAGUAACGAUUUGAUGCACAAAGAGAUAGCUACGGACUUGAUCGAGCUACUGUUGGAGUGUACAUCUCAGCCAGGUCGUUAUCCAACGGACGAAACUCGCAGUUGCAUCCCGUUUGGAUUUUGGUAUGCGUUGCAGGAUGACUUAGGCACACUGGACCAGCCGCUUGAGAAAUGGGCUUUAUUAGCGUUGAAACCCAUUUACACUCGAUUGGCUGAGGCGUUACUAGAGAAGUCGACUCUUCCAUGCCGCCAAGAACUAAGCAACGCAAAUGAGCGCGAGCUGUUUAGAUGUUACAGACAAGAUGUGGCAGACACUCUAGAUUACUGCUACAAGGUUCUUCAAGAGGAUCUACUGAAAAUGGUUUUGGAGAGAUUAGCCAAGGCGAUGUGUGACAAUAAAAACUGGACUGAAAUCGAGGCGUCCUUGCACGCAUUUAAAGCCUUGGCGGAAGCCGUUGGCAGCCGGAAUGUUCGUUAUGUCUCGGAGAUGAUAUGCGUGAUUCUUUCCAUACCUUACGAUUGUUAUCCUGCGGACGUGAUGGCGUGUGCUUGUUCGGCACUGGGCGCAUUCGCCGAAUGGAUCGGGGAGCAUCCCGAUCGCAGAUUGAAAGAAGUGUUGCAUUUCAUCACGCUGGGACUCACAAAGGGUCCCGCUAUCGCACCUUUCGCAAGCAUGGCAUUGAAGGAUGUCGUAAGAGAAUGUGGUGAGCAUCUUGCACCUUUUGCGCCAUCCAUCCUCAAUACUAUUAGACAGACUUUGCCGAGCGUCGCUCCCGGUAGCGGUGAAGCCUUGCGGCUUAUGUAUGCCGCCGGAAAGGUACUCAACACGUUACCCACCAUAGAAUUACAAUUGACGUAUCUCAACGCGACGCUAGGGCUGUGUAUAGUGAGAUUGAAGGAACUGUUGGAGCAACCACUGUUCGUGGCGCGAACCAACGUAACAAGUCAUUUGAAAAUGAUCGUCGCGUGCCUCUCUAGUCUUGAGGGCAUGAUUGGUAAGGCCGUGCUAGACGGGCUGAUACCGCUGUUCCAUCAAAUCAUCGCGCAUCCUGAAUGGAGUCAAGACAACGCUACAUUGGAGGCAAUGUAUUUGUGCGCCCAACGAUCCUUACAAUCAUUAUUGCACCCAGAGACGGACGCACGGCCGUUACUGUCAAUUCUGACGACAUCCUACAAGACAUGGCCGCAUCCAGAAGCAUUGAACCUGCUGCGUAGCUUGAUACUACUGUUCGGAAAAGAUCAGGACAACAUCAUAGGAUCAGUGCUCGCUGAAAUUAGUUCGAUAACGCUGAGCGGUGUGAAGGCGUGCAGAUCAGUACAGGGUGAUCUGUCUGAUUGGUCGGAUUUGAUGGAGGCGUAUUUAGGUGUGCUUGCACAAAUUUGCAGGAAGAAUAUUAAGUUAUUGCUGCAAAUCCCGGAUCAAAUACAGGAUAUGUUGCAGUGUGGAAUUGCUUGUUUAACGCUACCGGAGGUUGCGACAGUCAAAACAGCCGGUAACUUUCUUUAUCACGCGAUCGCACAAAGUCCACACUUGCAGACAUUUAUCCAACCAAUUGGCCAGGAACUUGUCUCUGUAAUCCUGCAUCACAUCAGUGUAACAACGCAUCAUAAUCUAGAACCUUACGUUGAAGUUCUGUUAGCAUUGAAUAAAAACUGCUUUGAAUGGCACGAACUGUGGUUGCGAGUCGCGUUUGAGAGCCAAAGUGACUCCACCGCGUUCCGGAAGGAAUACAUAACGCGCAUCUUGCGGGAGAGAACGAAAAAUCGACUUUGUGAAGUGCUGAAGGAAUUUAAUAUGCAGUGUCGACAAAAGGCGGGACUUUCGAAUUCUCGAAAUGACAGAACUUUCGAUACCCUGACGUAAGAUGAGUUUCACUCCACAAAGAGAGGGAUUGAUACACAAUAUAAUGUAUGUAAUACACAUACGGAAAUUAAUAUAAUUUAUCUCUUAAUAUAAUAAACAUAUUGUAUAUACUUAUAUACCAUUUUUGCAUUUCUUCAAAUUGUAAAAUAUUCAUUGACUGCAUGUAACGUGCUGCAAGAUUAAUUAAUUUCAGUAAAAAAAGGAUUGGGGAAAAAAUUUAUAAUGCAUUUCCGAUCCUUUCCCAUUGAGUAUAAUCGUUUAUUAGCUGAUAUCUAGUAAUUAAUAACUAAUUUAUCAAGAAACUGUUAGAAAACAAGUAACUAAAAUCAGUUAAAAAUAACAAAAUAUGAAAUUACGUUGUGAUUUAGCAACUCUCAUGCGAUUUGGUUUGUUAUAGGUAAAAUAGAAAUAUCUUUUGUUGGAUAUUAUGUUAUUUAAUUUUGAUUUGUUCUUUGUUGUUUGUAAUACAGAAAGAAGAAAUACAGAAAAGAUCCGUCGAA